UGUUGUCAAGGUUGGCGCUUAUUUCAAAACAAAUGAUCAAGACUUCCGUCUCAAUAUCCGCUGCAGCUGCGAAAGGUGUGCUUGUUGACUAGUCUGGACUUAUUUAGAACUUUUUCAGAAUGGCUUCAAAUAUCAAGAAAGCAGGAUCAGUAAUUAGAAAAUCAUUUCGUUCUCGUCGUUACGCAUUAUUAGACUUAAAAGAAAACAAUAACAUUGACAUGUCUCCAAAUAAAGACGACAUAAAAUUUAAUCAAACACGUCGAAUGCGUCGGGAUGAUUCCAAGACUUCAACUUCUGGCAACGACAGUAACAAUGACAAUGAGUUGAAUGAGGACACCAAGUCAUCAAAUCCUAAAGGUUUGAGGAGAUCAUCUGUUACACAGUCAAUGCGUGAAGCAGUUGGAACUAUAAGACAGAAACUUAGAAUGUCAACCAGAAGAAGUCGUGUGAAUGUGACACCAUCUAAAGUUGGCAAGCGUCGUCACAGUCUUGGGGUUGGUGAUGUAAAAAUGUCUUCUCCAUUUAAAAUUGACACACCACGAAGCAACAAGAUUCAUGGAAAAUCUUGUCUAUCUAUGGAAACUCCCACAAGACUGCGACGUGAGGUGGAGGCCCUAACUGCCAACAUGCAGGCCCUCAGUGCCUUAACUCCGAACACUUUGCAUGCCAGGUCUACAGCCAGAAAAACAACUCCACUUACAAAUGGCAGUCUGAAGACGCCAAGAUCAAGCCGCAGACGUAUCACAACAGACAUCUACUAAACUUUUUGAAAGCUCAAUGCUUCGACUUGUGGGAUGGAAUGAGACAAGAACUUCCUCUUUAUGAAGUCCAGGCAAGUCCAGGUCUAACCAGCACUUCACAGAGUGGUCUAAUAAUAUAUGCAUGGCAGACUUAAAAUGACUUGACACUAACUCAAGCGAUGAAAUGUUCCGGUUUGCUGAUUCAUCUCUGUGUUAAUGCACACACAAAAUUAUUUUAAAAUCAGUAUUUUUUUGUAAUAUAUAUGUAUAUAAAAAUUUAAAAACAUAUUUUUAAAAGAAAAUUUUUCCUAAUCGUGUUAAGAACUGGAGAAAAAUGUCUGCCUUAACCAACUUUUUAAAAAAUCUGAUAUUUAAAUAUUUUUAUUAAUAGCAUUCUUUUCUAUAUCACGGUAUCAUAACUAUUUACUGUGUUAAUCUAUAACUAAUGAUAUGCUUAUCAUAACUUUUUAUUUAGUCCAUGAUACAGUUUUAAUCUUAUCUUACUUAUGUAUGUUACAUGUACAUAAAAGAACUAUCUGAAUGAGCAUUUCCAAACUUAAGCAUUGGAGGAAUUUUUCUGUCAAGGGUUAAGGUAUGCUUUAUAAAUAUAAAGCUCAAGCAUUUCCAGUGAACUUGAAGCAAAAUGAGUUUAACCUUUAAAAUUUGGAGUUAUUUUGAUCCUGCAGAUGAUUUGGGGGAUAAGGAAAUAAAUUGAUAAUACCAGAUAUUAUAGAGACCAAUUGAUUGGAAUACUCUAGUCUGUAUAUUAUGUAAAAUAUUUAUCAUAUAGUGUCCUUGUAAUAUAGAAUAAUUAGAUGACAAAUUGCAAAAUUUUUGCUGAUCAUAGCUUGGUUUUGUUUUUGGACCAAUGUAUCCAACUAAUCUUUAGUUCUUUGUUGUGUUUUUAGUCCUAUCACCCUCUUUAGUUUGCUCAUAAUUUUCAGUUUAAAAAGCUAACUUUCUAACUAAAGAAAGGUAACUAAAAAGAAUUAUAAGAAAAAUAUUAAUAUAGAUCUAAUUAAUGCUAUGAAAUAACUAUGAAUAAAAUAUCAGUCUAUCAACUUUUUAAUUUUUAAAUCAAAAAUUUUUUGUGUUAUUUUUUUUUUUUUUUGAAGUGAUAGAGGGGAAAUGAAAGUUUAACAAAAUCUCAAUUAUGAUUUCCGAUGGCAUUUUCUGUUCUAUAUCUUUGUUUUUAAUUAUGUUGAAGUAUAGUCCAUUCUCCUUUUUUGUUGUCUUGUUUUUUAAGUUUCCAAAUUUAUUGAAAGGGCUUGCCUUAGCACAAAGUACUACUUAUUCUAAAAACCAUGAAUUUUUUUUGAGAAGUUUAACAUUCAAUAGCUAGCAAGUGUAGAACAUUUGUAAAUUUUUUAAUAGAUAUUUUUCAAAGCUACUUAGGAAACUAUUCUAGUUUUUGUAACAUUCAGAACAUAACUUUCUUUUGAAGCAUGAAUAGUGAAUGAAACUAACCCACAUUUUUUCUAUUAGGCUACAUAUUUUUUAUAUGUUUUUUAAAACAUUUAAUGUGCAAUAUAUUGUUCUGUAAACAAUAACAUAACUGUAGGCUAAUAAAUAAUAAUAAAUGGUUAUCCUGUAUAUAUUUUGAAGUUUUUUUUUGUGGGUUUAAAUCUUAGAUCCUAACUUUUUAAUCUCUCAACUGUAAACAUUUUUAUAGCUGCUGGUAACAACUCUUUUUGAAGACAAAUGGUGUGCAUGUAACUAGUUUUGUCUAAUGUGCCUUUUUAAAUAACAACUUUGGCAGCAAUGUCUGAAUACACAGUAUACAAGAUGUACUGGAUACAAUUUUAUUUAAUUUUUUAUAUUUUUUUUUUGACAUACUUUCGUUAUGUAUAUUCUACUCUUUUGACGUGAUGACAUUAUUUAUUAACAUUUUUUUCCCUCCACAUUGUGAAUCAAUACAUAGAUUUGUAAUAACUUAAGGAGAAAUUUUUUUUUUUUAAUUUUCCAUUUUUUUGUCAGAAGACUUUGUUAACUAUGUACAUGUUGUUUUUUUUUAAACUUGAGGCUUACCAUUUUUCUCUGGGCAACAGAGUUACAAUCUCAGCUCAACUAACAAUCUUAGCUCAACUAGCACAUUGAACUGCUCAACACAAUCAUAAUCUAAGCUCAUUGAUUGCUUAUACAUUAACUGAAGUUACCUGUGUACUAGAUGGUAAACAAGUCUUUUGAGAGAUUUCUUUGUAGUUGUGUAUUUUAAAUGUUUGAACAUAUGAGAGUAAACAAGAAGAAACUGUUAUAGAAAAAUGCAUCUGAUCAUUGUGUUCGGCUGAUUAGGUGCUCCGGUGAAUUAGUAUCUUUUUUUAGCAUGACAUUUUUUUUAACACCGAUAUCAUACUAAAAAUGAUAGUAGAAAUUCUUUAUACAUUAGCAACUUCUAUUGCUAGAUAGGAUAUAAAUUUAUUGAUUGGUUGUGUUUUAUUGCUUAUGAUUAUUGGUUUUAUAAAAAUUUUUCCACAUUGCGUACAGGGGUGGGCAACAUUAGAACUAUUUCGGUAAUGGGGGGACGCAUAUAUGUAUUCAUGUAUAUAUCUAAAAAAUAUAUAUAUACAUGUAUAUGUACUUACAACUUAGAAAAAUAUGCUAGCUAACUGUAUAAUGUCUUUUAAUUCAUAUUUAUACUGUAUUAUACAUUCAUGUUUCAUUUUUUAACACUCUCAAUUGAGGAAUUACAAGAGUUAGCCAUUUCUAAAACUAAUUUUACGAUAAAAAAAAAAUUGUAUUUUUUUAUAUCACAUUUCACCACAAAUGUAUGGUUGUACUUAAUGUGAAGUAUUUAACUGUUUACACACAUGUGUAAUGUUCCGGAACUGUAAAAUUAGCUUACUAGUUGUUAUCCUUUUGACUGCUGUCAAAUUACAGCCGGAGUAUUGACUGGAACUUCUCUUUCAGGUCAUAAUUUGCUUGGAAUUAUGUACUCUGGAGCUGAAUCAGCUUCAGCGCUAAAUGGUGAGCUGAUGGUAUUGAAAACUUUCUUGACGUCUUAAAAUUUGCUUUUAUAAAUGCCACACAUAAGGAAUCUUGUACUAUUAACCAUUUCAUUACAAUGGUAGCAAAGGAAAAUGACAUUUUGCACUCGCUUGAAGGGAGAAAUUGGAAAAACCUUGUUUGAAAAGAUUUAACAUGCACUUACAUUUCAUAUGCAAACAGCCCUUUGCAAUAGCUGCCAUGAAAAACAUGAAAUCUAGUCUUCCACUCUUCGCAUGUCCAUCAAGGAACAGAAAAUUUUCUUUCUUGAGAUUUUAUAUUCUUAACAGUACCUUACAAAUGCUAAGACAGCGGAUACCGGGUACAUCAGAAUAUUUUGUUUCUAAAUCAAGUACUCUACGAAACUGCCUGUGGUUAUCCCUAGCUCUGAUAUAUGGACCAAUAAUAUGUUAUUAUAUGCAGCUUUGUGCAAAACGUUCCUGCUUUUAGUUUAUGGUUGGAAUAUUCUUUAAAAAAAAAAACAACUUUUUCUGUCAAAGAUGGAGCUCCAUCAGUUGUUACACUUGCCAUCUUGUUUAAAGCAUACCCAACACAGUUCUUCAUAGCAUUGAAUAUAUACUGGCCUGAGAUUGUGUCUUUGACUUAGUGUACUGAGGUAUAGCUGAUAAGAAUACUCUUCCUUUACUUGAAACUUUUUAUGAGACAGUUUCAAUAAUUUACAUAGAUAUUUAGAAUUCUUUUUAAUAUAUUUGAAUUUUUUUAAUGUAUAUACUGUGGGCAUACCUGAUUUCUGUAGGUGUCCGCGGAACGUAAUUUGCCCACCCCUGGCGUAGAAUGAUAAACUUUGUGAAAAAUGUUAUUUGUUUGUGUGUUCAAAUUCUGACCUUUUGUUUGAUAUCUUCAUAUUGCAACCAAUGGCUUGUAUUUUGCAUGCCCUUUAUGUAUAUAAAGAAAGCAUGCAGCUUUAGAGGCCUCUAUUUUUAGAAUGCAGUAGUUUGUUUGCAGUUAUAUCUUGAUACAUUGAUUACAAUGUGUAUCACUGAA